AUGGAUGCCAUACUAUGUCAAAGUGGAUGGAGGGAACACAACAACCACUGCUACAAGUUGAUGAGAGACAAAGCGAGCUGGUCUACAGCAAAGUCCAUGUGUAAGACAAUUGGUGCAAGCCUGGUCUCUAUCACAAGCUCGGAUGAGAACAAUUUCAUCAAAAGUUUCAUCUCGAAAGACAGCGAGAGGGCGGUCUGGAUUGGACUUCGUAGGAAUGGGGAAUCUUGGAAGUGGGCUGAUGGUUCACGAUUCAGCUAUAGGAAUUGGCACCAGGGUGAGCCUAACGACAGUUUCUGGAACGGUGGAGAAGACUGUGCGAACAUAUACGCUAAGACCGGCAACAAUUGGGCAAAUACCGUGAAAUGGACACGCGGCAAAUGGGAAGACAGCAACUGCAGCAAGAAAAAUCAUUUCAUUUGUAAGAAGGCAAAAGACAUGACAUCCCAGAUGUAAGAAGUACAAACUGGUACUGCAUGUUUUUGAUCCAACAGCGGCAAGUCUCUCAACCAUCGAAGUGACCAGAGAAACAACAAAUAGUGGAAAUAAAAGAAUCUUAAAUCAACCCUUGCAUUGGCGUAUUCUAGUUUGAAUAAAAUCGCAAUGUAGAGAAAUGAAAUUAACAUUCAAAUAGAAGAUGCCAAAAGUCAUUGUAAAGUUUUUGACUUUGACUUUCAGUCUAACUGGACAAUCACGAAGUAUGUCAUUACAAUAGUUUACAAUAUAUGGUCUUGUUGCUCGACUAAGGUUAAAUGCAAAAUUAUAGAAUCUAACUAAUAAUUUGUGUUUCAUAGAACAUCACUUCUGUGCCCUGUAUAUCUUAGAUUACUCAGCUUAGUGGCAAUUGUUGAAGAUAGUUUGACGUUUUACACAAUUUACACCUUGUUGGCAGCAAAUUUUCAUCAAUGUACCCAACCCCUAACGGACACUACAAUGAACAGAUCCACCUAGAUUUAACAUUACUAUCCAGUACUGCAUGAUAAAUGAAUAUAACUAAUUGAUUUUAUCAGCAGACAGAUGAGUUUUGGACUAUACCUACGUGUAUACGCACAUUGUCUAGAACCGCUAAGCUUCAGUUACAAUGCUAACAUUUUAUUUUGAACCUGUAAUGUUUACGUUUAAUAAAAUGCAAAUAAUUCAAAGAGCAUUUGCCAAGGCCUCGAUAAGUAAGCUGUCGCAAUGUGUCAUUCAUUACUUUUAUUAAUUUUUGCAUGGCAAUAACCUCUUCUGAUAUGUAAGACGGUCAGUAUUUAUAUCAUUUUUCUAGAAGGUAUUGUAUCAUUCUUUUAGAAGGUAUUUUUACCUGUUUACUCAUACUGAUGGACGU